AUGGAAGCCAGGGGACGCAAGAAGGAAGAGCGCAAAAUCAACAAAAUCUUGGAGAUGUUGGGCGUCUCGAUGGGUGACGACGACGCGGCACCUGCUGGAGGGAAGGGCGAGAAAACCAAAGCGACAAUGACGAAGCAAGCUGUUCGGGCGAGUGUCAAUGCGGUGAACAAGGGGAAAGGGUUGGGCAAAGGAGGACAUCAUCGUCGACAAGGUGCGCCCGAUUCUUCGGCUAGUGGUAGAGGAGCCGUUGAAAGAUCAAGAUCCACUUCCCGCGAAUCAGCUGCGCAAAAUAAGCGAAACAAGAAGGGAGCUGCUACCACGAGUCCCAAACAUUCUUCCAGGGAUUCUCCCAAAGACCACCACCAUGCAGCGGGCGGAAAGAGAACCUCGAAAGGGGCCGCAGUAGAGCCGGUAAACGAGUCUUCUCAAGAGAGAGAAAGUCGCAGUACCGCCAACUCCAUCGGCAAGGGAGAAAAGAGUGCGCCGACUACUACAGCAGCGGAGACAACCCGUUCUACGGAGUCUAUGGGAAAAGAGCGUCCAGCACGCGAAAAGGGUGGAUCCUCUAACAAGAACGGUGCGGAGGAGACGACCCGUUCUACGGACUCUAUGGGAAAAGAGCGUACACCGCGCGGACCGGGUGCAUCUUCUAACAAGAACGGUGCAGAGGAGACAACUACCCGUUCUACGGACUCUAUGGGAAAAGGCCGUCCCCGGCCCGGACCGGGUACAUCUCGCCCGUACGGUGCAUCUACAACCAGGAACGCUCCUGCGAAAGGACAUCUCGAACCGGCCACACCAAGAACCAAAGAAGCAGCAGUUCGAAGCACAAAAGGAAAAGGAAAGAAAGGACCAGGUGCAUGA